CUGCUCAGCGCACUGGGUGGGUGUUUAAGACGGAUCGUUUCCGCGGGCACGACUCUCUCUGGACGCAUGAAGUGGAGCAAUUGGUUCUAGGGCAACCAGCGUGUCUUCUCCAUAACGGAGGUCUCUAUUUCAGCUGCUUUUCCCAAGUGGAUUUAUCUUCUUGUUCACUAUGGCUGUUACCGAGGCUCCAUGCGACUUGUCUUAUUGCAAGAUGAGGGGAAUCGUGUCAGUUCUCACUGCUUUUAUCAAGGAGAGGAAAAUGGGUCUGAAUGACUUAAUCUCGAAGCUGGUGUCAAACCCACAUAUCUGUCAUCACUCUGAAGUUGACUUCCUCAAGAUCGAUGAGAACCAGAAUGAAGAGCUGGACGAUGAUGAACUUCUGAAUCCGAUGUGCCUGGCGUUCCCCAGAAGCUCUCUAGCGGAGGAGUUGGCGAUCAAACCCAGUGAUUUUGACUACCUGAAAAUCAUUGGCAAAGGGAGCUUUGGGAAGGUGCUGCUGGCUCGUCACCGGGACAGCAACGAGUAUUACGCCGUCAAGGUUCUACAGAAGAAAAUCAUCUUGAAGAAGAAAGAGCAAAAGCAUAUCAUGGCGGAGCGAAGUGUCCUGAUGAAGAAUAUCAAACAUCCUUUCCUGGUGGGGCUGCACUUUUCCUUCCAGACUACUGACAAACUCUACUUUGUCCUCGACUACGUGAAUGGAGGAGAGUUGUUCUACCAUCUACAGAGAGAGAGGGUGUUCCUAGAACCCAGAGCCAGGUUCUACGCUGCAGAGAUCGCCAGUGCUCUGGGAUACCUCCACUCCCUGCAUAUUGUUUACAGAGAUCUGAAGCCUGAGAAUAUCCUACUAGCCUCAACGGGACACAUCGUCCUGACAGACUUUGGCCUCUGCAAAGAGGGCCUGGCACCCACUGGAACCACCACAACCUUCUGUGGAACGCCAGAGUACCUGGCCCCCGAGGUGCUGCAGAAGCAGGCGUACGACCGCACAGUGGACUGGUGGUGCCUGGGAUCGGUGCUGUACGAGAUGCUCUACGGACUGCCACCCUUCUACAGUCGUAACACAGCUGAGAUGUACAACAAUAUCCUGAACAAGCCUCUGAUACUGAAGCCCAACGUGUCCAACUCAGGCAGGGAACUGUUGGAGGGGCUCCUGCAAAAGGACCGCACCAAGAGGCUGGGAGUGAAAGAUGAUUUUAUGGAGCUGAAGUGCCACACCUUCUUCUCACCCAUCAACUGGGAUGACCUGAUGGCCAGGAAGAUCACACCACCCUACAUUCCCUCUGUGACCGGGCCCACGGACCUCAGGCACUUUGACCCAGAGUUCACCCACCUCCCUGUGACCUCGUCGCUGUGCAACACGGACGGCCUGCUGGUGACCAGCAGCAUCAAGGAGGCAGCUGGAGCCUUCCCAGGCUUCUCCUAUGGACCCGCUGAUGGCUUCAUGUGAGGGACUCCUGUAUCUUCAUCACCUCUAUUGAUGAUGAGAGGGGGAUGGGAACAAAUAGAGACACAGGCAGAGACAGGCACCAUGUACUGUAUGAGUGGUGUGGGAGGUGUUCAUGGUCUGUUAAUAAGACUCCUGAACAUGCCUGAGAGGAAAAGGGGGGGUUUAGAACUCCAGAUCUCCUGGGAUUGUUGCAUGAGAGGUGUGCAUCACAUGGGACUCCGAUCUUCAAUACCAAUGACCCUACUUACCUGAUGCAAAGUGUGCCAAGGUGGGACGUUGUUUCGUGCUACAGGGAGAAAGGACGUUUCUCUCUAAUCGCUGUGGACCACGACCACUGUCGGAAAGAAGAGUGAAGUGGCUGAAGUUUCACGGCAGCGAAAACCCGAGAGCAGUACUGCGCCCGACACGGCUAGGCUGCAUCAAACACAGAUUGGAGAGGGCCCUGCCUUCCUGAUCAUUCUGUAUAUAUACUGAAGACUUACAUGUCACAAGGCAUUUGUUGUCGUUUGUUGUGUGAAUGCUGGAUUGCACUUGAGGCAUUAAGGGUGAUUGCAUUGUUUAAGCAUCCACUCUGUCUCAUGUUAAGCUGCAUAUCUGUUCACCCUCAAAACCAUUCUAUUGAUCUGUUCACCCUCAAAACCAUUCUAUUGAUCUGUUCACCCUCAAAAUUAUACUAUUGAUCUGUUCCUGUUCACCCUCAAAAUCAUACUAUUGAUCUGUUCACCCUCAAAACCAUUCUAUUGAUCUGUUCACCCUCAAAACCAUUCUAUUGAUCUGUUCACCCUCAACCAUUCUAUUGAUCUGUUCACCCUCAAAAUCAUACUAUUGUUCUGUUCACCCUCAAAAUCAUACUAUUGAUCUGUUCCUGUUCACCCUCAAAACCAUUCUAUUGAUCUGUUCACCCUCAAAAUCAUACUAUUGAUCUGUUCCUGUUCACCCUCAAAACCAUUCUAUUGAUCUGUUCACCCUCAAAAUCAUACUAUUGAUCUGUUCACCCUCAAAACCAUUCUAUUGAUCUGUUCACCCUCAAAAUCAUACUAUUGAUCUGUUCACCCUCAAAAUUAUACUAUUGAUCUGUUCCUGUUCACCCUCAAAAUCAUACUAUUGAUCUGUUCACCCUCAAAACCAUUCUAUUGAUCUGUUCACCCUCAAAAUCAUACUAUUGUUCUGUUCACCCUCAAAAUCAUACUAUUGUUCUGUUCACCCUCAAAAUCAUACUAUUGUUCUGUUCCUGUUCACCCUCAAAAUCAUACUAUUGAUCUGUUCACCCUCAAAAUCAUACUAUUGUUCUGUUCACCCUCAAAAUCAUACUAUUGUUCUGUUCCUGUUCACCCUCAAAAUCAUACUAUUGAUCUGUUCACCCUCAAAAUCAUACUAUUGUUCUGUUCACCCUCAAAAUCAUACUAUUGUUCUGUUCCUGUUCACCCUCAAAAUCAUACUAUUGUUCUGUUCCUGUUCACCCUCAAAAUCAUACUAUUGAUCUGUUCACCCUCAAAAUUAUACUAUUGUUCUGUUCACCCUCAAAAUUAUACUAUUGAUCUGUUCCUGUUCACCCUCAAAAUCAUACUAUUGAUCUGUUCACCCUCAAAAUCAUACUAUUGAUCUGUUCACCCUCAAAAUCACAAUAGUAACAUCUUUUCACCAUCAAAAUAUAUUAGCUAAACAAGUAGGAAAACACCAGAAAUGAUCAACGUGAAAUAAGUUUGUUUUGGAUCAAGGUAUCAUUGUACCAUCUGACCUUAAUUCUGCUGGUCACCACUUUUUCUCCACAUGCAGACAAUGUUGGAAGCCAAAAAAUUACAUAGAAAGCAGACACAAAAUAUUGUAUUUUACAAGAAAUCUGCAAUAUUAUUUCAUGUUAUAUUAUCUGUAUCUGACCAAAAAGUCCAUUGGUUUUCCAUUUCCAGGUACUGUUCAUCUUACGACUAUAUUUCAGAGUAAUCACAAAGUAGUCUUUUAAAAACACUUUUUUUCCCCCACUCGACUCCUUAACAGAAAGCAAAUAUAAAUAUAUUACCAAGCUCUAAAUAUGUAAAACUUAUUUAUACAUUUAAAAAGAAAUGUACUCCCUAAGUGGGGAAAAAUGUAUUCUUUUCUAACCUUUGUUCGUCUCAUGCCUGCACUUUUACACAUUUACUCCCCUAAGACUGUGUUGACAAGCUGUUUGUAGACGUAAUAUAUUUGUGUCAUACAGAAGAUGGGGUAAACAAUAUUAGGUCUUCUGCUGUAAAGAGCACAUAUCAAUCAUUGUUAUUCUUGUGAGUGAAAGUGAUUGCUGUUUUGCUGGCGAAACACUAGAGAAUCCAUUAUAUUGUUAUGUGUAACCAUUUGCAUCGUGUACAGAACUCCAGCUAGACUGAUAGAAAGGAACUGUUGAAUGUCUGUCAUUUUGUAAAGUGUGCCUGUCUGUCUCAGUCGUGUUAGCAUAGGAAGUCCAGGUCUAGAUCAGUGUUUUCCAGACUCAGUCCUGAGCCCCCCCACCCCAGGUGCACGUUUUGGUUUUUGCUCUAGAACUUUAAAAUAACCAACUCAUCAAGCUUUUGAUGAUUAGAAUCCGCAGUGUAGUGCUGGGGCAAAAACCUGGUUGGGUGGGGGGGGAACCCUGGUCAAGACAACAACCUGAAAAGUUGUGCUGCUGCAAUGUUGAGAGCUUAGACUGAAAUGACUCUUCGUAGAUAGUGCUUACAGCCAUUCAUUUACUGAUGGCCAUGAAUAGUGUAAUAAAAAUCACAGGCUUUCUCUAUGUAUAUGUCAUGACACAUAGUGUACCGUAUGUUUAAAGACCAGAGGACAAAUUCCUAGAAUUUAUCAAUUAAAUAAUGAAUUGUAAUCUCUUUUCAAAAUGGUAAAUAAAAUGUAUUGACAAUUCAAAUGGAA